AAAUAUUGUUUGUACCUACUGUUUGUAACAAGAAAAAUAAAUGAAUAAGACAAACACUAAUAAAAAGAUUCGUAUUCUUUGUUCAUGAUAAAUGGUGACGUAAUCCUUUUUAAAUCAUUCCAUAACUGUUUUUAAUUUAAUCAAAAAUCAUGGAAUGCUUUUGGUCUGAUCUAAGUAAACAUCCACAAUGUCCACAUGGACCAACUUUAUUAUUUGGCACAUAUGAAAAUGGCAAAUUGGAGAAAAUGUAUGUAUGUGCAGCCUGUCGUGAAAGAAAGCUAUGUAAAUUUCACUUAAAAGAAGGAGAACAGCUAACAAAACAACAGGUGGCUAAAUGGGAACAAGAAAGAAAACAAUAUGCCUCUCGUUAUAAUCAUAGACUACUAUAUUUAUUUUAUCAUGAGAUAAUGAAGCUAGCUCCAGAAAAAAGAUAUUACUGUCAUACUUGUGACAGACUAUGGCAUGAUGGCAAUAAAGGUGCAAAUGAAAAGCACAAAAACCAUGACACGAAAAGAGGUAUUACAGAUUAUGAGAUGAAACAUCCAACAGAAUUUUUAAAGCCUUUGGAAAAUUCUAAACAAGAAGCUCAAUAUUUCUUUGCACAGAAAUCAACUGAAGAUAUAACAAAUAUGCUUCUGAAGGUUGGUGCAAAGCAAGUUCUUUGUAUUGGUACCCCGAAAAUUCAUGAAUAUAUUUUGGAUAAAUACGAAAACAAAAUAUCGUCCCUUUUAUUAGAUUUUGAUGGAAGAUUUCACAACUUUUUUGGACCAUUAAAUUUUUGUUGGUAUAAUCUGUUGAACAAUCAUUUCUUCAAUGAAAAUGCCAUGCAUGUGUUUAAAGACUUUAUGACACAAAAUCAAGGACAUGACACAUAUUUAAUAUGUGAUCCACCAUUUGGUAGUCGGAUAGAGCCAAUGUCAUGUACCAUUAAGAAACUUUCUGAUCUUCAUAAAAAAUGGAAUAAUAUAGAAGAUGAAAAUCUUUGUUUGAAAGUUAUGUUUAUAUUUCCAUACUAUAUGGAAGCUUUAAUGAACCAGAAAAGUAAUCCACCUGGUAUAUCUGGAGGUUUGAAGGAUUUGAAGCUAACAGAUUAUAAAGUAUGUUACGAGAAUCAUCCAUUAUUUGUGGGAAACCCAAAGUCUAAUAAGCUACCUUCACCUAUUAGAAUGUUUACAAAUAUACCAUUGCAUUUGUUGGAACUAUCUCAGUCAGAUGGUUAUAAAUAUUGCAAAAAAUGCAAGAAAUGGGUUUCCAAAGAAAAUAAACACUGUAACAAAUGCAAAGACUGUACCUCAAAGAAUGGCUCUACUUACAAACACUGUAAUGUGUGUGAGAAAUGUGUGAAACCUUAUUGGAAACAUUGUGAAACUUGUAAAAAAUGCAUUGUUGCCAAACAUGUAUGUGGUCAGAAAUUUCAAAUCAAUGGAAGAUGCUUCAAAUGCAAUGAAUUUGGACAUACUGAGAAAGAAUGCACUACCAAUGAGGAGGAUGAUACAAUGGUAUCUGUAACUAAAAGACUUAAGAAACAUGAGACUAAUAAUGACCAAGAAACUGAAGACAAUAUGAAAAAGAUAAAAGUAGACGAUUCACAUAAACCUAAAAGAAAAGAAGGGAAAAAACAGUUGCAAAAUAAAAAUGCUAAGAAGUCCGUGGAAAAGUUAGAAAAGAAAGGAAAAAAUCAGAAGUCAGACUUGAAAGUAAAAAUCUUGAGAAAGUCAAAACAAUUAAAACAACCAUAUGGAGAUCUAGGAUCUAUUUUAGACAACUUCAUUUCAUUACAGUAG